UCUCGAUAAGCAUUCAUCGCUGAAAAAAAAGUAAACAAUUAGGUGAAGCAGAUUAAGUAAAGCUGGAUAAUCUACAUAAAGCAUAUAUUUUAAGUGAUGGACAGCCAGGCACCAAUUGAUGAUCUAUUAUUGGACAUUGUGGACAAUGCUUGGCGCAUGGAAGUGCUGCCGUUCGAUCAAAUAUUAGUACCAAUCGAAAAGCUGCCCGAUCCCGAAGCCGACGGUGGUGAUUCACACCUCACCCUAAGCGAGCAGGAACAAAAGUGGACUGACUUGGCGCUCGGCUCUCUGGCACCGGACGCCGCCUUAAUCGAUCAACUCAAUAUAACAGCUAUCUAACCAAGGACGAGCAGCCUACGUGGUAGCACUUCCCCAACGCUUCUUAUACCACAAGUACUAUUAAUUACACCCCAGCAUGAG